AUGACGAUUUGUAAAUAUUACCUGGAAGGACGUUGCAAAUUCGGUAACGCGUGUCAAAAUGAACAUCGUCAGCCAUAUGGAGGCAAUCAACGCAAUACACGUUCAGACAUAUAUGAUCGAAUCAGUUAUGGUGAGAAUAACAAAACUAAGAAACUUGUUAGAGUGUUCGUUAAUAUUUCGACUACAACAAAUAACAAACUUUAUGAUGAGAGGAGUGUAAGAGCAGAUCUGACUAAAGACCGUCCUAUAUAUCGGUACUCGGUCUACGGACCAGCAAAAGAAGAACCCAAUCUAAUAGAUGGCACAGAUUACUCACCAGAAGAGUUGCGACUUCAAUAUUAUAUAAUUAUGGGAACAGUCGGAUGUGAUAUAUCAUACGUAUGUAUUUUGGAGAUAUUUUUUGUACCAAUUAUCUUCAGUUAUAUUUUGCAAACUGUGUCAAUAGUUCUUCGAAGACAACAAAAUGGUGUUAAAGAUUUGGAAAAUCGAACGCAAACGCAAAUAGAUUCUUGUCUUAAAGACUUACGUAAUUCACUCAGCAGAUUCGAGUCACAAAAACAGCAACAAUCCUCAUUUGAAUCGUUUGGUAGUGGUGGCAACACAUUUGGACAACCUCAACCACCACAAGGAUUCGGAGUUCCUCAACAAAACACAUUUGGAAAUCAAGCUUCCGCGUUUGGAGUAACACCAACUUUUGGACAAAAUACAAUUGGAUUUCCUGAAACUCAACAAGGGUUUGGGAUAAAUGCUAUGAGCGGGAGCGGGUUCGGACAAAAUGCAGCAGGUGGAUUUGGUGUACAAACACAAACAUUUGGAGGAUUCGGGCAACCGGCACAACCAGAUCCGCAGCAAUUAUAUCAACAACAAGGAUCAAAUUGGAACGGCCUUAGAAUAGAAGUAUAA